AUGAGUACAUCAAAUUUCUACGUUCAAGUGGUGCUACAGUGUGGUGCAGACUCACUAUCCGGUGAUAGACUUGGUUGCUUCAAUUUGACAGUCAAAGGUCAUGCUAAAUGUGUAGAAGUUGUAAAAACUUUCAAUUUACCAUUACUGAUGCUUGGGGGAGGUGGAUACACAAUCUGCCAUGUUGCUCGAUGUUGGACAUAUGAGACUGCUGUUGCCCUUGAUCGUGAGAUUCCCAAUGAAUUGCCAUAUAAUGAUUACUCUGAGUAUUUUGGACCAGACUUCAAACUGCAUAUUAGUCCUUCAAACAUGACAAACCAGAACACUCCAGAAUAUAUGGAAAAGAUAAAACAGCAUUUAUUUGAAAAUUUACGCAUGUUGCCACAUGCAACUGGCGUCCAAAUGCAAGCUAUUCCAGAAGAUGCAGUUCACGAAGACAGUGGAGAUGAAGAUGGAGAAGAUCCAGACAAGAGAAUUUCUAUUCGAGCAUCAGACAAACGGAUAGCUUGUGAUGAAGAAUUCUCAGAUUCUGAGGACAAAGGAGAGGGAGGUCGUAGAAAUGUGGCUGAUCAUAAGAAAGGAGCAAAGAAAGCUAGAAUUGAAGAAGACAAGAAGGAAACGGAGGACAAAAAAACAGGUGUUAAAGAAGAAGAUAAAUCCAAGGAUAAUAGUGGUGAAAAAACAGAUACCAAAGGAGCCAAAGCAGAGCAGCUCAGCAACCCUUGAAUUUGAGAGUCUCAUCACUUUCAGUGAGAAAAUAUUGGGAAGAAAAAUGUUUUCUUUUCAAAGACUUCUGGCUUCAUUUUAUACUACUUUGGCAUGGACUGUAUUUAUUUUCAAAAUGGCUUUUUUGGGUUUGUUUUUCUUGGCAAGUUUUAUUGUGAGUUUUCUAAUUAUGAAGCAAAAUUUCUUUUCUCCACCAUGCUUUAUGUGAUAGUAUUUAAAACUGAUGUGUUAUUAUGUC